CUCGGUGAAGAGGAGGAAGAAUCUGAUGUGGUAAACGAAUUAAAUGAUGCUCAUAAUACAACGAUUAGUUCGCCCAUAACGACACCACUUCUCGUCGUUACAGCAAAUGCAAUAACGCAGUCGCCGCUGUCAUCAUCCUCAUCGUUGGCAGAAAGCAGAAAUAGUGAUGAUAAUGCUGGUAGUCACACUACUGAUGAACGUAGUAAUGCGAGUACAACAUCAACAGCUACAACAACUGUUGCUUCCACAGAUAUUACAACUGUUACUCCUACAGAAUCAUCAACUGUACCUCCUGGUUAG